AUGGCGGGGCCCGGGGCGGCCGCGGCGGCGCUGCUCCCGGCGGUCCUGCUGGCCCUGCUGGCGCCCUGGGCCGGCCGAGGGGGCGCCGCCGCGCCCACCGCACCCAACGGCACGCUGGAGGCCGAGCUGGAGCGCCGCUGGGAGAGCCUGGUGGCGCGCUCGCUGGCGCGCCUGCCCGUGGCCGCGCAGCCCAAGGAGGCGGCCGUCCAGAGCGGCGCCGGGGACUACCUGCUGGGCAUCAAGCGGCUGCGGCGGCUCUAUUGCAAUGUGGGCAUCGGCUUCCACCUCCAGGUGCUCCCCGACGGCCGCAUCGGGGGCGUGCACGCGGACACGAGCGACAGCCUGCUGGAGCUCUCGCCGGUGGAGCGGGGCGUGGUGAGCAUCUUCGGCGUGGCCAGCAGGUUCUUCGUGGCCAUGAGCAGCAAGGGCAAGCUGUACGGCUCGCCUUUCUUCACCGACGAGUGCAAGUUCAAGGAGACUCUCCUCGCCAACAACUACAAUGCCUAUGAGUGCCACCAGCACCCCGGCAUGUUCAUCGCCCUGAGCAAGAACGGGAAGCCCAAGAAGGGGAACCGAGUGUCACCCACCAUGAAGGUCACCCACUUCCUCCCCAGGCUGUGA